UGGUUACUGAUCUCUUCUUCUUAGCUUCACCAUCAUUAAAUUAUAUAUAUAUAUACUUUUUAUUUAUAUUAUGUGUAAAAUUCGGUUUUUUGUGUUAGUAAACGACAGAACCCGGCAUCUCUUACAAUUUUCCUCCCUUCUCAGAUCCAAUCCUUUUUCUGUCUCCCAACCUGUUUGGUGAGACUUGGGGUUAAUGGACUGGAGCUUUAGCAUGGAUAAUAAUUGGUACCUUGAAUGCUUUUCUGGGACUUGGCUAGUUUAUAUCUCUAGGUUUAGACUGCUAUGAAUUCGAUAAGUAGCUAAGAGUCUCCUAUCAGUUGAAUUGGUUCAGUUUUGUUUGAAGUUAGGAGCUUUUGAUUAGAUUUUCUUUUUAGAUUGGUUUCAUAGUUGGGAGUUUGUUGGCUUUGUUUUAUGGAAAAUUUCUGUCAACGCUGAAGUGUAAGAUUCGCGGUGAUUGGCGUAAAUGGGUGGGCUUUGCUCGAGGAGAUCCACUGUAGAUAAUGCUCCCAGUGGAGGCUUUCCCAAUGUGAAUGGCCAUUUUGGUCGAGGGUCUGGAGGGGUUGUUCAGACCCGGGAACUGCCCGCGAAGAUAAACACCAUUCCGGCUCCUCCUGCUGAGGACAGUGCAGACAAUGCAGGCAUGGAGUUAAAAGAGCCCUUUUCAUUUCCAGAGAUCAGUACGGGUCCAUAUGGUAUGAAUCCAGAUGACAUUAUCAAUGAUGGGAUUCCUCGUUUGCCGAGGGUGCUAUCUAAUAAAUCUAGAUCAACCAAGUCUAAGCAGGUUGCUGUUGUGAAGGUUUCCGAGGUUAGCUCUCUUUUAGGUAGAGCCGGUACUGCUGGGUUUGGAAAGGCGGUGGAUGUUCUGGACACCCUUGGUAGUAGCAUGACGAGUUUGAACCUUGGCAGUGGCUUUACCUCGGGGGUAACGACGAAAGGGAAUAAAAUAUCAAUUCUAUCUUUUGAAGUUGCAAAUACUAUUGUUAAAGGUGCCAAUCUGAUGCAGUCGCUUUCUAAGGAGAAUAUUAGACAUUUAAAAGAGGUGGUCCUUCGGUCAGAAGGAGUACAGAAUUUAAUAUCACGAGAUAUGGAUGAACUCCUGAGAAUUGCAGCUGCUGAUAAGAGGGAUGAGUUAAAAGUUUUUUCCGGAGAGGUGGUACGUUUUGGGAACCGUUGUAAAGACCCUCAAUGGCACAAUUUGGAUCGUUAUUUUGAAAAGUUGGGUUCGGAACUUACACUUGAAAAGCAAUUGAAGGAAGAAGCAGAGCCAAUAAUGCAACAGCUGAUGAGUUUUGUUCAUUAUACAGCCGAAUUAUAUCAUGAGUUGCAUGCCUUGGACAGAUUUGAUCAAGAUUAUCGACGUAAGCUUCAGGAAGAGGAUAGUUCAAAUGCUGCUCAAAGGGGAGACAACCUUGCAAUAUUGAGAGCAGAGUUAAAGAGUCAAAAGAAGCAUGUGAAAAAUUUGAAGAAAAAAUCCCUUUGGUCUAGGAUUUUGGAACAGGUCAUGGAGAAGCUUGUAGAUAUUGUUCAUUUCUUGCACUUGGAGAUUCACGAGGCAUUUGGUACUGCUGAUGGUGAUAAAUCGGUUAAAGGUUCUGUCAACAGUCAUAAGAAGUUGGGAACGGGCGGUCUUGCUUUACAUUAUGCUAAUAUCAUCACCCAAAUUGAUACUCUUGUGUCUCGAUCAAAUUCUGUGCCCCCUAAUACAAGGGAUUCUUUAUACCAAGGGCUGCCACCUACUAUAAAGUCCGCUCUGCGGUUCAGACUGCAGUCCUUUCAGUUAAAGGAAGAGCUAACUGUCCCACAGAUCAAAGCCGAAAUGGAGAAAACAUUGCAGUGGCUUGUUCCGAUUGCCACAAAUACAACCAAAGCUCAUCACGGGUUUGGCUGGGUCGGAGAAUGGGCGAACACCGGGUCAGAGAUGAACCGUAAACCAGCUGGCCAGACUGACUUGCUGAGAAUCGAGACGCUACACCACGCGGACAAGGACAAAACCGAAGCUUAUAUCCUUGAUCUGGUAGUGUGGCUCCACCAUCUUAUUACCCAAGUAAGGGCCAGUAAUGGUGGAAUAAGAUCCCCUGUUAAGUCUCCAAUUAGGUCCCUGAACCAGAAGACGAUUCAACUAUCGACUCACAAGCAGUCCCCGUCGUCUAUGUUGACUGUCGAAGAUCAAGAGAUGCUUCGAGACGUGUGUAAGAGGAAAAAAACACCUGGAAUAAGUAAGAGCCAGGAAUUUGACACUGCAAACACUAGGUCAGUCAAGCACCAUAGGUUGAGUAAAAGCAGUAGCCACUCUCCAACAAGUCAAGCAAAGAAAGACUCCUUCCCUAUCCGGAGACUGUCAUCGGUUCCUUUCAUCGACUUUGAUAUUAAUCGAAUCAAGGCAUUGGAUGUCAUCGAUCGAGUGGACACACUUCGAAGUCUGUAACUAUAUGUUGAAUUUGUGAUUCAUAGGCAAAGAGGACUUUUGCUUUUGCUCAUGUAGAAGUCCAUCUGCUGCAAUUUUACGUGUUGGGUGCGAAACCGUUUUGCAGUUGGCGAUAUUUUUGGCGAGUUUACGAAGCAGAUGCCGAGUGAUACAAGCUGUUCUUUUUCUUACGAGUGAAAAGUGUAGGGAGUGAUGAAUGUAUUCGUUUAAGGAAGAAUUUAAACUGUUUUCAAGCCAAUAGUUCUCUCCUUGGUUCUAUAUGUACAGAAUAUUUCACCAUUUCAUAAUAAUUAUAAAUCUCUGCUCCUCUUUUUGGUAU